AUGUUUGCCAAAAGCUGCAGGUGCAUAAAUCCAGCGGCAGGUUCCGGUGGGCACCCAACGGCGGCGAUCUGCAAGGGUGACCCAAAACUCGGGGCCCAGCCGACCCGGCGCCGGGAAACGCAGGCACUGCGCUCCGGUUUUCCCGAACCAAACCCGGCUAAGUUAGCUACCUGUGUCGAGGAGGAGGGUAAGUUUUGGAGGUGGAGCUGCGAGCCUCUCUACUCGAGAGAAGGAGGCCGGAGCAGGCAGGGCGAUGGGUCUCCCGGGAGCGGCGCCCGGAACUCCGAGGCCCGGCGGGACGUCCCUGGCCCCGUCGGGCGGCGAUCCUUUCUCAAGGACAAGGCGGGCCAGCCAUGGGCUCUGGCUCGGACAAGCCGGGGCCCGCCGUGGGCAGAGUCGGGGGAGGUAAACAAAGGGGCCAAGCGGGUGAGUAGGCGGCAGGCCGCCGACCUCACCAGGGGCUGGGGUCUCGCUCCCGGGCUACCGCCAGGCAUCCCUGAUCCCGGAACCAGGCCUGACCCUUCCGACCGCCGAAGGCCCGGCCGCGGCCCUCGAGUUCCCAGGAAGCCGCAGGCCGCGCAGGUCGAGCCGGGCUGGCGGCACAGGAAAAGCCGCGCCUUGUCCCUCCCCUUCCUCCGCGGGGACCUGCUGACAGGAAAGCCAGAGGUUCCCCAGACCGGCGGCAGCCAGCUCACGUCCCGACCCCGGCACGCGGCUCCAGAGGCCCUGCAGCUUAGAGGCCCGCGCCGUGCUGCCAGCGGCGGCGGCGGGGGGAGACCGCGUCCAUCGCGAUCCGGGAGGGGGAAGGGAAGAGGGUCUGGGGAGAGCCGGGCGGGGAAGCUGAGGAGGGCAGCAGUGCGCCGCGGAGGCGGAGCAAAUGGGCUCCGCUGGCUGCCACCCCGCUGGCCGCCACGUGGGGCGCUGUGGAGACCCGUCGGCCCGAGGCGCAGGGUCGCAGAGCGCCGGGGCGCGGAGCUACCGGUAGCUUCGUCGCCGCUACAGAAGGUCUCCGGCUCCCUCGGCCUCGUCAGCUGUCGCUUUCCUAUCGUACGCUCUGCGCCUUCACGUUUCGUUGUCAAUUCAAGCGCGCUCCGAGCACCGCGCACAUACGGGUGCACGCACGCUCAGCGUGUUUUGCACGGUGUGUAUACAUUUGGCGUGCUCCUGCUGAAAGCCCCAACGCUGCACGUCGAAGCUGCGGCCCAACCUGUCCUGGCCCGGCCUCCCGCCUCUGGGACCCGGCCUCCGGCGAGAGUUUCUCCUCCUCGCUGGUCUCCCCUCCUCGCGCACGGAAGUGCGUCGCGGGAAGAAAAGCGCCACCCUUCGGUCCUGGGAGGCAAACUGCCCGGCAGUUCAGAAAGAAAACCUUUGACCACAACCCUGGGAGGGCCAAACAAUAUUCUGUUGUCUAGAAGUACCAGAGUUUAUCCAUCCACCUACUGAAGAACAUUUUGAAUGUUUCCAAGUUUUGGCGAUAAAAGUACUGCUAUAAAGACCCAGGUGCAAGUUUUUACAUGGACAUAAGUGUUCACCUCAUUUGGAUAAAUACUAAGGACCACAGUUGCUGGAUUGUAUGAUUUAUGCAACACAAAACAGUUCCUCCAGCCUGAGUUGGCUGAUCAAGUUGAUGACCAUAUCUGCCUCUAACCUGGAAUUUGGUUGCCGACCCAGUGGUCCAUCUAGGGGUGUCUCUGUUGGCUUCUCUCCGCCGUAAAACUUUUGGUGGCAAUUUGGAGAAAUAUUCAAUGAAAGUAUCUUCAACAAACAGUGAGGAAAGCUCUGGAGGGAAUGUGGAACACUGAAAGCAGCUUCAAGGCGGGCUUUCAAGGCUGGAGAAGAAGCCACUACACUUUUAAAGACGGAUGAGUACUGAGGCCCAAUCUGCAUCAGAUUUUGCAAAGCAAAGUCAUGGAGCU